AUGUUUUCUCCGUCGGGACCACGCACCCCGGAAAUCUACUUUUCGUCAUAUUCCGAUCAUGUCCAAGCUCCACUCGAGAACCAAGGCAACGUACAGAGUGCCGAAAGUGAAGCACGCGAAGAGACGUUGGCUUGCUGGUUGUUUGCAUUGGUGGGCAUCGGCUUCCUCUUCCCGUUUUCGGCUCUAACGCAGCCCGUCGAUUACUGGAAAAUGCUGUUUCCGGAAUACAACAUCGAGUUCGCCAUCACCUCCGUCUUCAUGUACACUAGUCUGGCGUUCCUGACACUACUAGUUGUGUUUCUCGGAAAACCUCAGUACACAGCUCGCAUUGUCAGUGGCUUCGUCGGUCAGUUGACGGUGCUUGUUUUCGUGCCUACGUCCUACUAUUUUCUGGCAUCCAGCUCAAUCGCUGUACUCGGAGCUACGGCGGUGGCUGCGAUUGCCACGGCUUUUAUUGACAGCUGCGCCAUUGCACUCGUGUCGCAUUAUCCUCAGAGAGUUCAAGAGAGCUUCCAGCUAGGCAUCGGAUUGAGUGCCCUUAUCGGCAGUAUUUAUCGUGACUUGACCAAGCUUGUUUUUCCAACGGAUCAACUACUGGCAUCAUCGCUAAUCUACUUUUACUCGGGAGCGCUCACUAUUGCGCUUUGUAUCGGUGCAUAUUACAAGGCAAUGAGGCUUCAGAUCACGAAAAAGUAUCUAUUCACAGAAGGAGGCAACCACGAGCUUGACGAAAAGCGCGAAUCUAUUGAUGUUGUUGGUCCUACUCCGACCAAGUGGUCCGUUUUGAAGAAGGUGUGGCAUUUGGAGAUUCUCAUCCUGUGCGUGUAUUUGGCGAGUUUGUCGGUCUGGCCACCGCUCGUCACGGAGAUCAAGACUUACAACUUCCCGUCGCUCCAGGAGAGUGGCUGGUGGUCUCUUAUCCUGCUUACGGUUUUCUCGACUUUCGACUGUGUGGGUCGAUUCGUCGUCAACCACCGCUUCGGCCUCAAACCCAGCAAUGUCUGGAUGCCGAUCAUCGCACGAUUCAUAUUCGUGCCGAUCAUUAUCGGCAUUGUCAAAGAAUGGUGGCUCCAGAACGACAUUUGCUCAGUGCUGUGCGUGCUACUUCUCGGAUUUGGUAACGGCUAUUUGGGUGCUUUGACCAUCAUCUUUGUGAGUGAAAGCGUGCAACCCGACGAACAACACAUUAUUGGCCCCAUUACCAGCUUCUUCCUUAAUCUAGGACUCGUGUUGGGCUCCACCGUCGGUCUCGUCCUGGACUCCGUCCUGCUAGACUAGCUAAAUACAUUUUUCGC